GUUGUUUCAGACGUUGUCUACAUAACAAGUUCAUCCUUUCUAAGAAAUCCAUAUUCUCUGCCACCUUCUGUUCUUGAGCUUUCGUAGCAAGCUUGGGCUCGUGUUAGCAAACUCCAAACUGAUGGCCGGUGGUAGUUCUGCUGCAGAAGGUGACAAGGCGAAGGUGGUGACCAUCCUGAGCAUCGACGGCGGCGGCGUGAGAGGGAUCAUCCCGGCCACCGUCCUCGCCUUCCUCGAAAAGGAGCUCCAGAAACUGGACGGGCCGGAUGCUAGGAUCGCGGACUACUUCGAUGUCGUCGCCGGCACGAGCACGGGCGGCCUCUUGACGGUGAUGCUCGCGGCGCCGGACAAGGAUGGGCGGCCGCUGUUCGACGCCAAGGAUCUGGCCAAGUUCUACAUCGACGAGUCGCCCAAGAUCUUCCCUCAGAACUGCAGGGGCUCCAUCUUCUCCAAGAUCGGCUCGGCUCUGGCUCUGGCGACGGGGCCCAAGUACGACGGCAAGUACCUCCAUUCGCUGCUCCGUCAGCACCUCGGCGACACCAAGCUGGACGGGGCUCUGACCCAUGUGGUCAUCCCGGCAUUCGAUAUCGCGUACCUGCAACCCACCAUCUUCUCCAGCUUCCAGUUGGAGAACCAGCCCGCCAAGAACGCGCUCCUGUCGGACAUCGCCAUCGGCACCUCCGCCGCACCCACCUUCUUCCCGGCGCACUACUUCGAGACCAACGACGGCAAGGGCGGCACGAGGGCCUUCAACCUCAUCGACGGCGCCGUGGCCGCCAACAACCCUACUCUAUUGGCGAUGAACCAGGUGGCGGAGCACAUGGUCCUCGCCGGGCAGCAGCCGGCGGGCAAGUCAUACAUAGUCAUCUCCAUCGGCUGUGGGACAUCAUCGCUCCCAAAACUCAAGUACAGCGCCAAGGAUGCCGCCAAGUGGGGCAUCUUGAGCUGGCUCAUCAAGGACGGCUCCGUCCCCAUCCUCGACAUGUUCAACGCCGGUAGCGCCGACAUGGUCGACUUCCACCUCUCCGUCCUCUCCGCCGUCCUCGGCUCCUCCCACCAGUACCUGCGCAUCCAGUAUGAUAAACUGAGCGGGAGCGCCGGCUCGAUCGACGACUGCUCCAAGGCCAACUUGGAUAAGUUGGUGAAGAUUGGUGAAGAGCUGCUCAGCGAGAAGGUGUCCGGGGUGGACCUGGAGACCGGCCGGAAUGUGGAGGUGCCCGGCGGGGGCACCAACGCGGAGGAGCUAGCCAAGUAUGCAAGGCAGCUCUCCGACGAGCGGCGCAGACGCCGCAACAAUUAAUAUCUGCCUGCUCGAACCAAACUAGCAAUUGCAUGCUAGUUAAUGUGUGUGUUUAAGUUCACUUUUACGUUCAGUUUGGGAGUUCAAUCUAUUUGAUUUAUGUCGUCGUUUGUAAAUUCUAUGGUGCUGUUGUAAUAGUCUUGUGCAAAAAUCAUUGGCACAAAUAAUAUCUAUUAUGAUAUUAAUAUGUGGUUUAUGUGACGUGGAGAUGAUAUCAUGUUAACUAUGGUGCUGUUGUAAUAGAUUUGUUUUCAAAAGUCA